AUGACGGACGCUGCGCAGGAGCAGCAGGAACCUUGCUGGCAGGAACCUGGCCAGACGGACGGGGGCGGCGACGCAGGGGGAGAAUACGAAGAUGAUUCAUGUUCGUGGGAGGCGGAGUCCUCGGACAGCGGGGAGCUGGUUGGUCGCUGCCUCCCGGUGCAGGACAUCGACGGCAUCAGCGGAGACUUCACCGAGGGCGUGCCCGACGACGCCGACCUGUACCUCGCGAUGGUCAGGGCGCAGGCCAAGGGAAUGCCGAAGGUCUCGGUGUCGUCGGCGCCCGCCCCGGGCACGCAGCGUGCCCCGCCGGAACCGUCGCAAGAGGCUGCUCGUGACGACACCCCUGCAGCGGUCGCGGACGGCGACGGCGACGCAGGUGCGGGGGCGCACGAGGCAGCGAGCGACGCGGGCGGCGAGGAGGACGCCGGGCGCAGCGAGAGCGCGGCUCCCGCGCCCGCACCUGCGUCGCAGCAAGUGCCGAAGAAUUUGCCGCGGAAGUACCGGGACGCUCUGCGCGUGGGUGCCGGCAUCGCGCUGGAGGAGGCGAGUGCGCUCCUCGACGCCGGCUGGGUGGCCAGCGCGGUGGCGGAGUUCGCGGAUGUGCGAGCCGCGACGGCACGCUGCCGCCCGCCGCCGCUGCCCGCGGGCUCCCGCCGAGUGCACCCGAAGGACGCCGCGAACUUCGUGGCGCGCGUGUUGCCCGACGUCGAGGAGGACGCGACGGGCUCCGGCGCCGGCAGCAAGCCGACCCUGUCGGUCGUUGUCGGGGGCAUGGACCGCGUGGCAUCGGGGGCGGUGCUCGAGGCGUUCGUGGACGAGGCGGAGGAGCGGGGCAAGCUCGGGGAGCUGCACGCGUCGUGGCUGUACGCGCUCCUGUGUCGCGUGGAGGAUCCGCUGGACGCGGCAGCGGUGGCGAGCAUUCGUGCACUGGCGCGGUGGAGCGUGUGGCGGUUGCGGCGCAUAGGGGACGCGGUGGGCGGGGUGCGCGGGGAGGAGCAGGCGGAGAUGCCGGGGGCGCUGUCGCGCGAGGCGGGCGAGCGCGAGCUGCCCCGCGUGGCCGUCCUGCUGGCGGUGUGCGGCGGCUUCUUCCGGCAGUGCGAGGGGCUGAGCGUGUGA